AUGGCGCGGCAGCUGCGAUCGAAGCUGGCUGCAGCCCGGUCGCCAGCAGAGCUGGAGAAGCUGCUGGGGCAGCUUGAGCCAGCCAACUGCGAGCAACUGGACAUCUCCACCCUCACGGCCCUGGUGCACCGCCUCGGCGCUGGACAAAGGUCCGGACUCCGGCAGCUUCGUUCCGCGCUGGCUAAGCGGAUGCCUCGGGCAACGGGACUUCAGCUGGCCAAGCAGGCCUGGGCCUUGGGCCGCCUCUCUCGAGUAAAGGGCGACGGACCAAUGGCCAAGGAUGGCGCGGUCAAGUUGAGGAGCUCCUUUCACAACUCUGCGAGCGCCUGGAGGCCCACCCACCCUCAGCUUCGCCUGCGGCUGUCUCCUCAGCCGCCUGGGCCGCCGCCAGGCUCCAGCACGCCUUUCCCAUUCUGUCCGCCGAGUCCACCUUGGCGAGCAUGCGCCCACAGGAUGCUUCCAUGA